UCAACAUGAUGUUAGUCAGCGAUAUAACUUGCGAAGCAAUAUACAGCUUAUCAAGCCUAAGAGAAGUGCUCGAAUUUCGGGUGUGACUGGGACUUGUAGGAGAAAGGCCGCUGCCAAUGUAUUCACCGACCUCGACAUCUCCGAUGCCGAAUCCACCUUGAGACUGGGAAACCAAUGUCUCAUGAAAAGUACCAGGACCAAGAAAGCCCCCAAAAUGAAGCAAAGAUGCGGAUUACUCGACUUGCCAGUGGAAAUCCGGCUCAAAAUAUAUGACCUGCUCCUCGUCAGUCGAUUUAACCGAUGUGACCACCCAUACUGGGCAGUUGGAGACAGUUAUCAGAAGUUGAUCAUGCUGGAUGUACUUCAAAAUCGACGGCACCGAACAAUGGAGCCAGCUAUACUGCAAACAUGCAAACAAAUCUACCACGAAGCAGUCCCAAUUCUUUACUCGCGGAACGUCUUUCGCAUCAGCGGUGCGAGUUGUAUGUCUCAACUUAUGGAUCAGAUCGGGCAGACAAACACAAGGAUGAUUCAACAUAUUGAUAUCUACAUACCUCCUAAUUGUAACAAGUCUUCGUGGAUGCACCUGUUCCAAGUCCUGCCCGAAACGACCCUGUGUCUGAAGAGCGUAGUCGUUAGGUGGUGGGGGAUCUAUAACAACCUUUGGGAAGAAAGCUUGGGAAAGGAUAUACCUUUUGCUCAGGCCCUCGCUAGACUUUCGAAACUCGGCAUAGAGAAGCUGAGACUAGAGGGAUCCUACGCUAAACCCUGGCCUGCGUACUUUCGAGAUAAGUUUGGGGCGCAAAUGGUUGACGUGGAGGAUGGUUGUCCGCGUCCGCUCAGAGGAGACAACGACGAUGACGAUACACGCAAGUGGAGGGCGGAUACUUUGGAGAAAUUCAGAAAAUACCAGGAAGGAACAGAGUCGCUGAAUCCAUGGGAGGGAGAUCGCCAUUGAAGCAUUUUGCCUUGGCAAGCAUGAGCUUGUCCUUCCUUUCCAGAUACAUGAAUAUAUUGUCACCAUGCGCAUCAACU